GCCGACUCUUAUACAUAGCACAUCGAAGCUAUGUAUAUUUUAUUGUAGAAGUGACUUUUGAACUCUUAUUAUUAUUACAAAUAUCUACUAUCUAUAAUCUCAGUAUAUCGUAGAGUAUACUAGUUGGUGCUUUCUAGUGUUAUCUAAAAAAUAUACCAAUUGCACAAACUUAAUUAUGUCUGCUUUAACUAAAACUAAGAACUUUAAAGUAUUGCGGACAUUAACCCAAAAAUAUUGUCCACGAAUAAAUAGUCGAAGACAUUUAAAUCUCCAGGAAUAUCAUAGUAAAGACUUAUUACGAAAGCAUCAAGUUUCGAUACAAAAUUUUCGUCUGAUUGAUUCUACUCUGGACCCGAAAUCACUAUCAGGUUUCAAGGCUGAAGAAUAUGUAGUAAAAGCACAAAUUCUAGCUGGUGGACGAGGAAAGGGUCAUUUCGAUAAUGGCUUUAAAGGAGGGGUUCACUUAACGAAAAACCCAAAGGAAAUACUUAAUUUAGCUAAAAAUAUGAUUGGUCAUAAACUUAUUACGAAGCAAACGCCCAAAGAUGGUAUUCUUGUAGAUAAGGUAAUGGUAGCAGAAAGUGUUAACAUUAAACGAGAGACAUAUUUAAGUAUUGUUAUGGAAAGGACAUAUAAUGGUGCUGCUCUUGUCGCUUCUCCGGCUGGUGGUAUGGACAUUGAAGCAGUAGCUGAAAAAACCCCACACUUACUAAAGACAGUGCCCAUUGACAUCCAUGAAGGUAUAACUGACAAAGUUGCUAAGGAAGUUGCUGAAUUUUUGGAAUUCAAGGGCCCUCUAGUUAACAAAUGUGCUGAUGAAAUUAAGAAAUUAUGGCAAUUGUUCCUUAAAGUUGAUGCAACUCAACUUGAAAUCAAUCCUCUAGUUGAGACUGACGAUGGACGAGUGGUAGCAGUUGAUGCAAAAAUUAACUUUGAUGACAAUGCUCAGUUCAGACAACAAGACAUAUUUGCUUUAGAUGAUACAUCAGAAACGGAUCCUAGAGAAAGAGAAGCAGCAGCCCUUAAUUUAACUUACAUUGAUAUGGAUGGUAGUAUUGGAUGUAUGGUUAAUGGCGCUGGUUUGGCUAUGGCCACCAUGGAUCUUAUAAUGUUGAGUGGAGGAAGACCAGCUAACUUCCUGGACCUGGGUGGUGGUGUCGGACAGUCACAAGUAUCAGCAGCAUUAAGAAUUUUGGAAUCUGAUCCUAAAGUAAAGGCUAUAUUUGUAAAUGUAUUUGCUGGAAUUGUGAACUGUGCGACUGUAGCUAAGGGUAUUGUUGCUGCUUGCAAAGAGAACCCACCUAAGCAUCCCCUUGUGAUUAGAUUGGAAGGUACAAACUCGGCUCAAGCUAAAAUAAUUCUGGAAGAGUCUGGUAUGCCAUUCAAAAUUAUCAAUGAUGCUGACGAAGCCGCUAAAACAGCUGUCAAACUAGCACAAUAAAGAAAACAUUUCAAUAUUAUUGUAACAAAAUCGUUAUUAGUUUUGUAAAUUUUUUAUAAAACAAAAUGAUUAGAAAACCGAAAAAUAUGCAUUUUAAAAGUUCUCAUACUUUUUCUGUUUAAAUUAGGUAUAUAUAGUAGGAAUUAUUACAAGACUAGUUAGUUAUACAUUUGACAUACAUACAGGGCAUGAAUUUUUUUUUUAAAUAUACUGGAACUAUAAUAUUUUUAAGAUUAAUAAUAUGAGAAACGUAGGCAUUUUUUUUAGCAAAUGCACAAAUAAUGACAUUUCUAUUAGGUUUAUUUUUAUUUUUAUGUGACGUAUAAUGCAAAUUGUACUGUGUACUUAAAAAUAUAUUACUUUUAUUUAUGACUUUGUAGUGUUCAUUAAAAAUGCUUGGGCUCCAAUGAGACUGACUUGUAUUCAUUUUAGAACCAUUUUAUAAACAGUUUAAAUCAGUCAUAUAUUAAUAUUCUUGCCAUAUACAUAUUUAAUAUGUUGUUCAUAGAUGUAAGUGUUAUUUUGUACAUACAAAUAAAGAUUUAAAUCUAAA